AUGACACAAGAGGAUGAAGAGGAAAUAGUUCGGGGUACAGAUGUUGAUGCACUUUCCAGCAGACUUUCCUGCUUGCUUAAAGGGUACUUGCCUGAAGAUAAUUCGUUGGUAACAUUUGUACCAUUGAUGGCCCGGUACAAAGUUUUUUUGGUUGAUUCUGAAUUCAGGCAAUUUGCCUUACUCAGGAGUUUGCGUAAGUCUUUCUUCAACUUAAUAAGUUCCAGAAAUAUCACUAAUGAUACUUUUAAGAUGAAUGUACAAUCUGCUAAACGAAAUGUUUUGAAAAGCCCAGUAAUAAAUCGGGGGACAUGGCUUCGGACGAUAUCAAUUGACAUGAUUAUUAACAAAUUUUUACAACAGUUUAAAAACGAAAAGGUUCAAAUUUUAUCUCUUGGUGCUGGAAGUGACACUAGAGCAUUUCGUAUUCUCCCGAAGCAUCAUAAGAAUGUUGAUUAUUUCGAAGUAGAUUUUGAGAACAGUUGCAAGAUAAAGAAAUAUGCAAUUUUGAGCAGCGAGGAGCUUUGUAAAGCGUUAUUUAUUACAAAGACAGAAGAAAAAUUGCCAACAAAUCAUAAUGAAUUUGUGACCCAAUCUUCCAGUCUUGAGUCGGAUUGCUAUCAUUUAAUAGCUUGCGAUCUUCGGACGUUGAAGGAUCGUAAAGAUGCUCUUCCAAGCUCGUUUGAUUGGAACAAAAAAACUUUAGUUUUAAGCGAGUGUUGCAUUUGUUACAUGGGUACCGAGGAUUCGAACAAUCUUCUUCUUUCGUUGAAGCAAAACCUGAGCCAAGGAAUCUUUCUUGUCUAUGACCCUAUGGGAGGUGAAAAAUCAAACGAGAGCAGAUAUGGUGAGGUUAUGGUGAGAAAUUUACGAACGAGAGGUAUCGAAAUGCCCAACUUGAUGGUUUAUAACACAAUCGAAAAGCAACAUCAACGAUUUUUACAAUUUGGGCUUUGUAAUUCAAAUUUAAUUGUUUGUGAUAUGAGAUUUGUUUACGAGAAUUGGAUUCCUCGGGAUGAAAUCUUUAGAGUAUCGAAGUUAGAGAUGCUUGAUGAACUUGAAGAGCUGAAUUUGAUAAAUUCACACUACGCUCUUAUCUUGGGAUGGUGGGGAUUCGAAUUCCGACCAAAUUUGAAAACCGAGUUACUUUGA